AUGGACAAAAGGCCCGAUAUUACGAAGACGUAUAUGGGAACGGCUAUGGACAAGAAUAAGCUCAGUCUCAACAACUACGACCCAGUAAAAAUGCGUGACGGCAUCAUGAACCUGCGAAUGAAUCUUGACGAUGGCAAAACCAUAAAUGUCCCAAAAUGGGGAUACUCCGGAGAUCUGAACAUUGCGAAUCUCGUUGCGGGGGGUACAGCAGAAAAUUAUUUCGACAAAGUGGGCGAGGAGUUCGCCGAGCGCUAUUGGAAGGCCAAGCUGGAGUUUGAUGAAGUCUCUAAGCUCACGGGUGACGAUAAGCUGAGUGAUGACCAAACGAAGUUGUUCAAGGCUUGGAACAAUCAUGCGGUGGAAUCGUCUAAGAUGUCCUACGCUUAUCGGGAAAAAGAACUUCGAAUGCAAGAGCCAGCAGCCAUAAAAUCAGCUCUCAAAACGAAAUAUACCGACCCGGAGAAGAAAAAGCUGAUCAAAGUUGAAACCAGGAUGCUUGACAAAAGCGAGGUGGUGUGGGGAGAGCCUUACAAAUUGGCAGGCGCAGGGCUGAGGUUGACCAAAGCAGAGGCUCUCACUCUGCUCACGAAUGUUUACAAUGAACUUCAAGAAACGAAUAGAGUCAAGGAGCAUCAAAGGGCACUGGCGGGAGCCAAAAAGGCAAUGAAUGUGGCGAAAAACGGAUGUAUCUAG